UCACUGAGUUACGCAAGCCCCUUCGCCACGACAAGGCAGUGAUCCAUGAAGGGGCUCUUGUUGCUUAGUAUGUGUUAAUGUACAAGUGGUUUUUGCUGAAUGAGUGGUACUUGCAACCAGUCCUCAAUGUUCCCACUGUCACAGUGUCUCUGCGGUCAAGUGAUCACGACCCAGGCACUCAGCGACCAGCUCACAGCAUCCCAUGGUCACAUGUUCGCCGUUUGUGACCUUCACUGCCAGCUUCCAAUAAACAAAGUCAAUGGGGAAGCCGGCAGGAAAUUGCAAAUGGCGACCGUAUGACAUCACACUUACGAAUGAAGCAGGUUUCGCUUAACAACAGCAACUGGAAGUGCCGGAACUGCUAUUACUAAGUGGCACACUCAUGUGAUAUCACACUUUACAACCACAUCACUUAGCGAUGAAAAAUCCAGUCCCAAUUACUGUCGUUAACCAAGGACUAUCUGUAUUUUCAAUAAUUUAGAAUGUGUUUUUACAUCAUAGCGAUCCCAUAUACUGCUUGUAGUGUUAUUUCACUGAAAAUUGAAGUCAUUUCUUUUGAAUUUAAAAAAAAAAAUCUGUAUAGUCUGAGACAUCUUAGGAAUUGAAUGUAAUAAUUGUAAUAUUUGGCUAUAAAAAGUAGUAACAACCUAUUCUUUUCUGUAUCAGUGAAAUGAUGAAGAAUUCUUCCUUUUAAUCUGUAUAAUAAUGUAUUAUAAAUGACCUUACUAUAGUAUCUUGCUCCCUGUUUGUUGCUCCUGUGGAUUAUUCACAGGCCAUCAGUGUUGAAAAUGGAUUAUCUGAGAAAAGAUUGGCCAACAGAAAUUAGGAUGUCUCUUUAGUUCUAUAAAUCUUUUUGAGAUUUAAUUGAGCUACUCAGACUAAGUGUGUAGUAACAAAUCUCUAGGAAAAUAUUUUUCAUCUUCCUCUUCUAGAUUAAUAAAGUAUGAUUAAUAGUUGUUUGAAAUAUAGUCCAGAUUAUGUACAAUUCUUUAUAAGCACUUUAUAAAUUCAUAGUGGUGCUAUAGAACAAUACAUGAAUGCCUUGUGUUGUAUUUAUGAAGUGAAAUGCUUGCUAGAAAAUAUGAAUAGACUAGGAGUCUAGACUCAUGAAAUUUGCUCCUGAAUCCAAGAAGACUUCAGGAAUUGGUCUCGAAAGCAUAGUUCCUUGAGUGACAUGGGAAAAUAUUGCAGAAAAGAGGAUUUAGAAAAAAUAUUAUUCCAUCAUCAGCAUCUUUAUGCUGAUGAUGAAAAAAUAUGAAAUAAAUGCUAAUAAUCUUAACAUAUAUGAUUAUAUUAGGAGAAAUCAUUCCUUAUUAAAUCAGACCAAACAUCUGGCAGAAUUGGUCCAGAGGUCCAGCAGCCGUCCACUUUUCUACACAGAAUGAUUUAACACAAAAAUUAUAUGAGAUAAAUUUCCCAGAUAAGGGUCUUACAUAGAAAAAAGAAAAUUAUGCAGAUCAGAUUUCAGAUAUCAAAAUUUCAAUUUGAAUAUGGUUCAAGCAUCUUUCUAGGAAAGCCUGGUAAAGUUUCAUAUCUGUGUAUAAUGAGGAGGCUUCCAAUUAUGAAUUUCUUAAGGAGUCUGUCUCUAGUGCUUUGUUCUCUUUGAAACCAACAAUAAUCAUAUGGGCUGAGGACAGUGUAGAUAUACAUUAAUAAUUAAUGUGUUGAAUUAUUUUUCUUUUCUUCUUAAUUCUUUUUCUUUUUAGGAGGAUAUUCCCAUAGUGGAUUUGGCUGCAGCUCAUGGAGGCAAUUGUAUAGCUACAUAAAGUGGUCAAUUCCAGCUUUUCUUUAUUUUUUAGAUAAUCUGAUUGUCUUCUAUGUGUUGUCCUAUCUUGAACCAGCCAUGGCUGUUCUCUUCUCAAAUUUUGUUAUCAUAACAACAGCUCUUCUGUUCAGAAUAGUGCUGAAGCGGCAGGUCUCCUGGGUGCAAUGGGCAUCUUUGCUGAUUCUUUUCCUAUCUAUUGUAGCUCUAACUGCAGGGACAGGAAGCAAUAAGCAUAGCUUGGCUGUGCAUGGAUUGCAUCAUGACAUUUUUCUCAGCCAUUCAAAUAGUUGCCUUCAGUACACCAAGCCAGAAGAAGAAUGUUGGGGAAAAGAGAACUGCAGCCUUAGAUGGUCCUUCCCUGGCUUUAGCUGGAAUGUCACAACUGCUGCAGGAUCCAUGAAAACAGUUCGUCUUGGACUGGGACAUCUGCUCAUACUAGUACAGUGUUUUAUUUCAGCAUUAGCCAACAUCUACAAUGAAAAGAUAUUGAAAGAAGGAGGCCAGUUCAGUGAAAACAUCUUCGUGCAGAAUACCAAGCUGUACCUCUUUGGAGCUAUGUUUAAUGCUCUGAUGCUAAGCCUGCGCCCUGAAAAUAGACGCCGGAUAGAGUAUUGUGGUUUUUUCUAUGGUCACAACAUAUUCUCUGUGGCCCUUAUUUUUGUCACUGCCUUCCUGGGGCUCUCAGUGGCCUUCAUUUUGAAGUUCCGAGACAACAUGUUUCACGUUUUGACUGCACAAGUUACAACAGUGAUCAUCACCACUGUGUCAGUUUUUGUAUUUGACUUUAAGCCUUCCAUGGAGUUCUUCUUGGAAGCACCUGUAGUUCUUUUGUCUAUAUUUAUCUAUCACUCCAGCAGCCCUCGUUGUAUGGAAUACACUGUUCAGUGGGAGAGGGGCAAACUUAAUGGAGGUGCAUGGGAGCGCUCUAGUGGGGAUGGAGAAGAACUUGAGAGACUCACCAAACCAGGCAGUGAUCAUGAUUCAGAUGAGGAAGCCUUAUAGUAAAGGUCUCCAGCUUUUUGGAACCAGUGGACACAGCUGAAAUUUGGGGGAGAUCUUCUGGAUGUUGAUGCCAAAUGGAUAAUGGGAGGAGGGCUUGCCUAUUCACAAAAUAACUGCUAUGGGGAACAUAAUCAGUCACAAAGCACCAAUUUACUAGAAUGUUAUCUGCUGCCCCCCUAGCCAUUUUUGAGGUUUCUGUUCCAACACAUCUGGAGAGUACCUGGUUGGGGAAGGCUCUUUCACGUCAUAGAAUGUGAGGGGAAGGAACCUUUUUCACAGUGGAAGUGGUGGAAAUCUCUUACUGGUUUCACUGAGGUAGGAUUUUUUUAAAAAAAAUCAAGAUGUGCUAAACGAUAUUCUAACUACUAACUAUAAAAAGAAUCUUAAAGUGGGAUUAGAAAAAUCAGUGGAAGUUAUCAUUUCUGCUAGUCCUCAUGGCUAUGCACUACUCAUAAUGUUGAAGACCAUAUACCUCUGAGUAUUAAAUGCAAUUGGAAUUUUGGGGAGAUCUGGAUAUUCUUGCCAAAUCGAUGAUGGGAGGAGGGCUUGCCUAUUUACAAAUAAUUAUUCACAUAAUCAGUUAUAAAGCACUGAUUUACCAGAAUGCUAUCUAUAUUAAUUGCUGGGAAUUACUGAGGGGUAAUCAUCGUCCAUUUAUUCUGAUAGUGGGCAUCCCAUAGGCAACUGGUUGGUCAUUGUGGGAAAUAAGAUACUGGAGUAAAUAGAGCUUAUAUGUGAUCCAGCAGGGCUGCUCAUGUUCCUGUAUAUCUAAUCUCCUAAAGUGGAGAUUUGUUUUUGCAGCAAAAGAGUCAUUGGAAUUCAGAAGACUUUGGAUACAGAAGGAAAGCAUCAUUUUGAACCAUGUAUGUUGAGACAGCUGAUUCUUUCACCUUAAAAUAAAGAGACCGGAGUGCCACUAAGCUGACAAAGAUACCUCAGUUCAGAGAUGAUGUGAGGGAAGAAUUUAUUGAUGGAAUUGUGAAAGCUAUAAUUUUUUAUAGCAUUCCAGAAGUACAGUCCUCAAAAUAUAUUUGAAUUAUUGCAUACCAUAAACACAGAGAUGAAAUGGUAACAUUUCCUUGUGUGUUAGCUGUGCUUCAUACUUUAAGCUUUGGGAAAUAUUGUUGCCAUCAUGUGAACAUGCCUUGGGAACCAUAGUUAAUUGUGGAUCUUUUCUAGACUACCCCUGUGAUAUGCACUGUUAAAAUCUGCAUAUGUUUUAUCCUCAAUAUUAGAGUAAUUACGAUAUCAUGUGAGUAUGAAAGUCAGUAUUUGGGCAUCUAGCAUUUCUUCUAUAUGCUUUCAUCAUUACAAAUCAGAUGAGUUAUCCAGCUGAUGGAUUCAAGCACAUACUUUAAAUGAAUAGGAAAUUAAUAACAUUGUCUUCUAGCCAUUUUGCACAUUUCAGUACAAUUUGGAUACUGUUUUUAGUAUUGCUACGUAGUAGAUGAAUUAUGUAUUUAAGCAUAAAAUUAAAUAUUAUUUCUUUCAAAAUACACCAGCAGGAUCACCCUUCUAUGAUAGUGCAAAACAGGGCUGGGGAAAUUAUGGUAUUCCAAGUAUUUGUUCAAUCUUAGCCAGUGUGGCUGAAGGGAUGACAGGAGUUGCACUCUUAACAUCUGGGAGUUUGGUGAUAAAAGUUUCUACUCCUAGUAUAAACCAUGUAACACUGGGUAACAUUGCUCAGGUCUCUUUUUAUGUGCUGUUAUGUCAGAAAUUGCGUUGAGUAUGUUCAUAUGGUAGCAAACUAUGUAUUCCAAAUGAAUUGUUACUUUCCCUGGUGAAUGAUUGAUGUGCAACCACCCCAGGUUGGUGCUAUACAGAUGUGUUAUUCCAUUAUUUCUGUAGUUUAUUCAGUGACUAUUCUUGAAGAAUUGUAGUCCAGUUAUAUCCGGAAGUCACCAGGUUGAAGGAGACUCUUUUAUGGCAUGUUAGCCAAGAAUAAUUGUAAUUGUGAACACAGACACCUUUCAUAUCAGGUCAUGCCUUUAAGACUCCACCCACAUCUAGGUUAUGUACUAGAAAUGUCAAUUCCUUAAAGAGAUGUUACCUACCCUAUAAAUAUCUCCUUAACUUUCCAUUUGGAACUGGAAAACUGGAGUGCCUCCCAUGAUUGGGUUGUCUUUGAUGUUCAGUCUGUCUUUUGUACACAUUAAUGUUUGUCUCUGUGUUAAGUUCUGUAAAAGUACAGCAUGGGGUCAAAAGAGACACAGGCAUAAAAUGCAGUGCAACAUAGAAAGUUUGUGUUGACAUAUGUUUAAAGCUGUAACAAUGCAUGUGAAAUUUUCUGUGGAUAUGAUAAGAGAAAUUGUAUGUUUUUCUAGCAUUGGUGAUUCAGUUUUGGAAUGACAAUGUAUAAAAGAAAUAAUAUGACUGGGUUCAAGAGAUUUAGCAACUAUGACUUAUAGAGAUUUCCAAAUUAUAUUGUGCAAAAUAAUGCUUGAAUUGUGAUGUGAACUCUUCACUUUCAGUUUUAUACUUCAGGUUUAAGAUUCAUUUGUAAAUAUGGCAGCAGUGCAAAAGGUAAUACUGCUUAGCAAAAUUAUUGGAAGAGUAAUGUAUGAAAAUGCUACGCAAAUAUUCCAGUCAGUGUUAUUGUGUUGAUAUAAGGUGGUUCUGUUAAUUGCAUACAUAACAUUUUAAUUGAUGAAGCAU